ACCGUAGGCCCCCAUCCGCCAUCUCUCCAACCAACCACUCCAUACUAUUCUUCACAUCUAACCUUAAAAUCAGAUUUUUUCGAACGCCUUAGUACCGGAACUAUUAUUGUAAAGAAAAACAUUUUAGAAUUAAUGCCUGACGAAACAAAGUCAAUUAAAUUUGUUGAUGGUUCUAUUGUGGAAAACAUUGACGCAGUAAUUUAUGCGACUGGUUAUAAUAUAGAUUUUCCCUUUUUAAAUAGAGAAAUUGUUAAUGGUGGUCCAGAAAUUGAACAAGAAUUUGAAGAUGAAUAUAAAGAAAAUCUGACAUGGAUGUACAAGAUGAUGUUUCCGCCGAAUUAUCGUAAUAACGCGUUUAUUGGGUUGUUCCAACCACUUGGUGCUCUUUUUCCUAUUGCCGAAAUGCAAACUCGUUAUGUGACAAGUUUGAUUAAAGGUUUCAUUAAUCCACUCCCAUCACCUCAGGAAAUGAAUAUCGCAAUUAGAAAUUAUCAUGAAAAAAUCAGAAAGCAAUACUAUUUAUCAGCAAGACAUACAAUCCAAGUUGAUUAUCUUGAAUACCUUGAUGAAAUGAGUCAAGAACUAGGCUGUUACCCUUAUUCUUUAGAGAUAUUAAGAAAAUUUGGUUUUAAG